AUGUGUAUGCAGAAAGUUCAAAAGGGUUUGCUGGGCAUUACCUUGAACAAUGACUGGUUUUUGCCAGCAAAUGACAACAUAACAGAUCGAGAAGCUGCACGUAGAGCCCUUGACUUCAGGUUUGGAUGGUAUAUGGAUCCUCUCACAAAAGGUGAGUAUCCAACAAGCAUGCAACACUUGGUGGGAAACCGUCUACCAAGGUUCUCCAAAGAAGAAGCCAAACAACUCAAAGGGUCGUUUGAUUUUCUGGGUCUAAACCACUAUGCAACCGUUUAUGCUGGCCAUGCACCUCGUCUACGUGGUUCCAAACCAUCCCUUCUAAAUGAUCCUCUUGUUUAUACUACAAGUAAUUAUCACUUCUCUUGA